CAACCUCUUGUCGGCCGUUGCAGGCUGGGCGGCCCAUGAUUGAAACAAGUUAACAUGAAUCGGUUGUCAUUGUGUCGCACUUCAUAAGACGUUUGAUUGACCGAGGACCAGUCAUGUGAGCACAGGUCUAAACGCGUGAUUUUCGUUGACUUUUGACUGACAAUUUUCUUAAGAAAAUAGUGAUAUUAACUGAGUGUACAAGACGAGCACUGUUAUUCGAGAAACAUAUAUGUUGUUGUGGUUUAACUUGGUGUGAGCUGAACUGGCAAUAUUAACUAGAAGGCUCAUAAGUGUGUAACAAUGGUCGGUGUUACGUAUCAACAGCACACACACCCGGCGCAGUGCCAGUAUUGUGCCUUCUGGUCCAUCCACCGCUUCGGCACCUCGCCCAGGACCCCCAAGACUGGUAAGACGCCCAGGACGCCUAAAACGCCAAAAGGAAUCCUGAAAUGCAAGCACUUUUUCCCAACCGACGAGAACGGAGGCGCAGCUGCGAAGGACAAACUUUGCAAGAGUUCCAAGCAUAAGGAUAAGGACAGGGACAAGGACAAAGAUAAAGAUAAGAGCAAGUUGCAUAGGUCGCAUUCGGGCAAAAGCAAGAGUAGGGCUAAGGAUGCGGCCAAAGCAGAGGCAGCUGCAGCCAAGGCCGAGGCUAAGGCCGAGGCGAAGGCUGAGGCCAGGGCCGAGGCCGAGAAGGUUGAGGCGCAGGCCAAGGAAGCAGCCGCAGCCGCAGCGGCGGCGGCCGAGCCUGGAGCCGCGCCCAAAGAGGAUGUGAAGCCAGGCACCUCGGAGAAGGAGCCUGCCAAGGCCGAGGCUACCUCUGCAGACGCAGCCAAGACAGACGAUGCGGCCAAAGCCGAAGCUGAUAAGGCCGAUGGGUCUGUGAAGGAAGCCGAGAAGCCGGAUGCCUCCGCCAAAGAGCCAGAGGCGUCAGAGGCCCAGAAGCUGGACGCCAAACCGGACGACGUUGGAAAGAUGGAGGAAGCCAUCAUCGCUGCCCUGGGGAAGGACGCCAAGGACCAGCUCGUCCCUUUAGGAAAGCCCACGGAAAGUGUGCCAUCCUCUGAGCAGAAGGAAGAGCCCAAAGAAGCCGACAAAGAAGGUGCAAAGGAAUCCGAAAAGGCUAAGGUUGAUAGUGAACAGAAAGAGGAGGUGAAGAAGGAAGAAGCCGCCGCAGCUCCUGCUGUGGAGGAGAAGGAAGAAGCCGCCCCAGUGCAGGAGGAAAAGAAGGAAGAGGUAGUAGCAGCCCCAGUGGAGGAAGCAAAGGAAGAGGCCGCUGCACCAGCCCAGGAGGCUGCAGCCCCCCAACCCACACCAGUUACAAAAGAAGAAGCUGUAGUUGAUUCUGCCCCAGUCAUUGAGGCUGCACCUGCACCUGUUGAAGAAGUUGCCCCAGUUGCAGAAGCUGCUACUGUAGUUGAAUCUGUCCCAGCACCAGAAGCUGCUCCUGUAGUCGAAUCUGUCCCAGCACCAGUUGAAGAAGUUGCCCCUGUUGUUGACUCUGCCCCUGCACCUGUUGAAGAAGUAGCCGCUGUUGCAGAAGCAGCUCCUGUUGCAGAAUCUGCCCCAGCACCAGUGGAAGAGGUUGUCCCUAUUGUGGAAGCUGCUCCAGUUGUUGAAUCUGCCCCAGCACCUGUUGAAGAGGUUGCCCCUGUUGUGGAAGCUGCUCCAGUCAUUGAAACUGCCCCAGCACCUGUUAAAGAGGAUGCUCCUGUUGAAGAAUCUGCCCCAGCACCUGUUGAAGAAGUCACCCCAGUUGUGGAAGCUGCCCCUGUUGUUGAAUCUGCCCCUGCUCCAGUUGAAGAAGUUGCACCUGUUGUAGAAGCUGCCCCAAUUGUUGAAUCUGCCCCUGCUCCAGUUGAAGAGGUUGCACCUGUUGUAGAAGCUGCCCCAGUUGUUGAAUCUGCCCCCGCACCUACUGAAGAAGCAGCCCCAGCAGAAGUCUCCGAAGCUGUUCCAGUUGAAGAUGCCGCCCCUGUUACAAAAUCCGCCCCAGUGGAAGAAGCCGUCCCAGUAGUUGAAUCUGCUCCAAUUGUAGAGGCUGUUGUUGAAGAAUCUUCAUCAACUAAAGAAGUUACUCAGGAGCAGAAAGAGGAAACCCCUGCUGUACAGGAGACUGCAGAGAAGGUUGAGGAGCCAGCACCAGCUGCAGAAGAACCAGCUGCACCAGCAGAGGUCAAGGAAGAAGCAGCAAAGGAGGAAGCUGCUCCUGCUGCAGAGACCACAGAAACUGCAGCUGAAACUCCUGCUGAAACCCCAGCAGCUGAGCCUGCAGCUGAAGAGAAAACUACUGAGGAAGUGGUGGAAAGUGUUGCCAGUACCGAGGCUCCCGUUGUAGAAUCGCAACCAGAGCAGAAAGACGAACCUGCUCAGGAAACUGCCCCUACCCAGGAGGCAGCACCUGCUCAGGAACCAACCCCAGUAGAGGCAGCCCCUGUGCAGGAAGCCACUCCUGUUGCAGAAGAGGCACCUGCACAGGAGUCAGUCCCUGCUAAGGAGGAGGCUCCUGUUCAGGAAGCAGCCCCUGAGGAAGUACCUCAGACCACAGAGGCUGCAGCUGAACCUACACAACAAAGUGACGUGACUCAGAGCACCGAGUCCACAUCUGAACAGAGUGCAGUACAGGAUACCACACAACAGGAAACCAAGGCUGCCCGUAAGCCAGCAAAGAAAGUAGUAAGGAAGGUCAGGAAGAACUGAGCCUCCUGCAGCUGAAGUAAGCCUGAAGAAGGACAGAAGGUCGAAGAGUAAAAUGACCUCGUGUGCGAUGUAACAAGCCAUUCCACCGUCAAGCUUCGUCGUGCCCCCCCACCCCCUCCCCCCUGGAAUCGGCAACCCCCAAAACAGCAACGUAGCCUAUGUUGGCUUGGGUUGCUGUAUUGAUAGUUCCCCACGUUUAUAUUUGAUACGUCCACCAAUCUGCCAGCAUUUAGUCUUACAUUUUAUCUAGAAGAAUCUGAAUUUAAAAAAAAAGGUACCCUAUAAAGCAUAUCUAGGCGUGUACAGUAUGCAGUUUAUUGACUUUCCCUUCAGUGCACACAGUGAUGGAUUGAUGAGCAAUGUUGCUGUGCCUUACCACAAGCCUUGAGGAUUCACGGUCAGUGGAAAGGACCUUGCAAGCCGGGGAUACUGGGGAGGGGAAGAGGAUGAAUGAUGCUAACACGACUCGAUUUUGUGUGUUACCCAGCAUAGACAAACACAGAUUAGUCUUAAGUGGAGAUAUCACAAAAUUCAAUACAUAUUUCGGUAUAUGCGGCAACACUUGAUAUAUAUAGCUGUUGGUGUAAUAAAUAAAAAAAAAAAAUAUUUAAAAAAUCAUUAAAAAAAUAAAUAAAUAAAUAAAAAUUGUAAUAAAAAUAAGUGUGGUGGUUUUGACCUCCAACUACAUGUGAGGCAAGAGCAGUCCACCAAUAGGAAAUCAGAGUGUUUAGCCGCAGUCAGUGAAAGUGAUUGGCAGGCCCACCCAACCAAAUUCCUCCCAAUCUGUAUGUUGUAAUUUGUGAUUUUUCUAGGCUCUGUUGAAUGGAUUUGUGUGAUGCUCAUUUGAUGUGUUUCUUAAAUUGUCGUCUCUGGAGGGAGGAGUCUGGCUGGGGUGGGGAAGAGAGGAAACUUUUUGUAUAGUUUGUAUUAUGUAUUGUGAAUAAGGGUGAAAUUUUUUGCUAGAGCAAGAAAACUAUUAUUAAAAAUAGUGUAAAUUCUAGAAAACAAAAAUGGAAAUUAGUUAUUUUACCAGUAGUGCUUAUAAUUUGAUGGUACUUUUGUACUUUGAUGAUCUAGAGAAAGAUACGAUUUGUAUACCCAAAUCUGUCAAUAGGAUAUCUCUGUAUUGCUCAUGUAGUAAUGUUUUCUCUUUUUUUAUUACUGCUGAUAUUUUAAGUCUAGUUUCCUUGAUUGUUCCAUGACAUGUGCUUUUGCCUACUAGUUGAUAAGGCUCAAGCACCAUGAAAAUUGCUGUUGCGUCAUGUCCCAGAUGAUUGAUGUAAGAAUCUCUGCAAGCUCCUCUAAUGCAAAAAGUUAAAGGAUUUAAAAUUAAGUGUUUGCAGAGAUAACACAACAGUUAAAAACUCCUGAUUUAUAGUAGAGUUGAAUACCAUAGAUUUAAUAUACUGGUGUCACGAACCUCUUGCAUUAUAUUUUUCAGUCAUAUCAUUUUCGUAAGUUUAUUUUAUCCCCUAAUUAAUAGUAGUAGCUUUGAAUUUUUUUUUCUUUUUUUUUUUCUUUUCUUUUUAUUUCUUUUUUCCUUUUUUUGUAUUUUACUUUUCUCAUCUUUUGUAAUUCAAGUUUAAUGCAAAAGCACUUUAUUGGACUAUUAGAAAGCUUGAUACAAUUUUUAAGUAUAUUACCGUUGUGUUUUAGUGAAAUCUAGCCACAUUUUCCUCAAAAAAAUGUAAGCAGAAUGCACAAUACUUUUGUCCUGGCAUUGGCAAUGAGCAAAAUUUUACUGGUGCUUUGCUGUUUUUAUGAUAUCUUGAUUUGCCGUGUAAUAAAGGAUAUUAAGAAGUUUACACAUUGUAA